UACUAGGGCGAGACAAAUAUCAAGAGCAUUAUUCUAGUGUGGUUAAAGUAUUAGAGACAAAUACUGUCUCUAAGCAGUCAAAGUAUUUUUGUUUAAGAGGUUCCCCACCACUACUUGUUUUUUCUGGAGACUGAUUAGUCAUUAGGCCAAGUCUUCUGUAGUCAUUGUCCAAGUCAACUAAGUAGCUCCAUCAUACUUGCAGUGUAUGGUGAAGAAUGAAUCAAGACUGUGCUAAACUGCUAAUUACAUAAAAAAGUUUUUUAGCUCAUAAAACGUACUAUUGCCCUGUGUGAUUCAUGAUGGCUUCGGUUAAUUUAGAAUUUCUCUUACUUUUGUUUUCACAACUCAUACUGCUACAUGUGUUGGCAGGUGGAGAUGAGAAUAAGUACCAAGGAGAGUGUCUAGCUUCGUUUAGUUGUGGAUAUCUUGGCAAUAUCAGCUUCCCUUUCACUACAACUGAACGCCCGGACUGUGGCUUAUUGCCAAUACAUAAUUGUGAUGAUGAUGACCCACAAAAGCCUAAAAGUAUCCAAUUACAGAAGGAAGGGAAAUGGUUUGAGGUUGAAGUUGGAAAUCCUCUCGAGUUUCACGGUCGUGGCAGUAGUACUUUUGUUUUUAGAGACGAUAAACUCUACAAACUGCUGCAAACCAAAAGUUGUGAAGCUUUCAGAUAUAAUUAUACUCUUCCUUCCACCUCUGGCUUUGCUUCUUUUCGUAUCAAAACCAAUGCAACCCUGUUUGUGUGUAACCAUACCCUCCAAGUACACCCUCCAACAUAUAUGCUUAUGCAUAACUAUACAAAGUGCCCCCAAUACGAUCUCUUCUACCAGCCUUACAUUAUUGCUGAUAAUGUGUUUCGGAGUGCUUUUACAGAUUGUACAAUUGUCCACCUUCCGACUAAAGACAUCGCUGAUGGUGAAGACCCUUUUACUUUCGUAACUGCUGAUAUCUCCAUUGAAGUAAAAAUAACAGAAGAAUGUGCAUAUUGUCACUUCAACCUAACAGGGCAGUGUCAACUUGACAGCAACGGGAGGUUUUAUUGUGCUAAUGGUAUACUAAAACAAACACCCUGGAAACACAAAGCACACAUAAAUGCAUUGCACCAUAUUUUUCUCUUCACAACUUUAUCUUCAUAUGUCAAAUCUGAAUUGUUUCCUCUAACUGCAGCAGUCACAGUUAGUAAGAGAAAAGGUCUGAGCCAGAAUGUUAAACUGGGUUUAGCAGCCAUGGUGGCUAUUGGAUUUGGAGUUGCGGUGCUGAUGUUGUUGGCUUACUGCAUUAGGACAAAGAUCUUCUCUUCCACAUUUCUUUUGUUCAGGAAAGAGAAUCCAACCCAUCAAAUUAUUGAGCAGUUUUUGAAGGAACAUGGACCGCUUCCAGCCGCUAGGUACAGCUAUUUAGAUGUGAAGAAAAUAACAAACUCUUUCAAAAACAAAUUAGGCCAGGGAGGAUAUGGAAGUGUAUACAAAGGGAAGUUACAUGAUGAGCGUACUGUUGCAGUGAAGGUUUUAAGUGAAUCAAAAGGUGAUGGUGAAGAUUUCAUUAAUGAAGUUGCUAGUAUUAGUAGAACUUCACAUGUCAACGUCGUUAGACUUUUGGGGUUUUGUUUGGAUGGUUCUAAAAAGGCACUAUUAUAUGAAUUCAUGCCUAAUGGAUCACUCGAGAAGUUCAUAUAUGAAGAGAAAGAUCCAUUAAAGAAUGAUCGCCAAUUGGAUUGCAAACUAUUGUAUGAUAUUGCAGUUGGCGUUGCUCGUGGGUUAGAGUACUUGCACAGAGGCUGCAACACUAGAAUCUUGCAUUUUGACAUAAAACCUCAUAAUAUAUUACUAGAUGAUGAUUUUUGUCCUAAAAUUUCAGAUUUUGGUCUUGCUAAAAUAUGUCCGAGAAAAGAAAGCAUUGUAUCCAUAUUUGGCGCGAGGGGAACACCGGGAUAUAUUGCACCAGAACUGUUCUCCAGAAAUUUUGGUGGGGUGUCACAUAAGUCGGAUGUCUACAGUUAUGGAAUGAUGGUUUUAGAAAUGGUUGGUCAAAAAAAGAACAUUAAGGUUGAAGUUGAUUGUUCUAGUGAGUUAUAUUUUCCGCACUGGAUUUACAAGCGUCUUGAAUUGAAUCAGGAUUUUGGACUAAGGUGUAUUAAAAAUGAAAUUGAUGAAGAAAUGGUAAGAAAAAUGACAGUGGUGAGUUUAUGGUGCAUACAAACCGACCCUUCACAUCGGCCAGCAAUGCAUAAAGUGGUGGAAAUGUUGGAAGGGGGCCUUCAAGUGCUGGAAAUACCACCCAAACCCUUUAUGUCUUCUCCUUCAACAUCUUCAAUCCAUUUAUCAUCUGAAAUAUUAUGAUUUUUGUGGAUUUGAAGAUGCAAUGCAGAGUAUGUAACACUAGAAAAGAAUGUCAUGAUAAUUCAAAUAUAAAUACAAAGUUAUGUAUCUGAAGUUUUAA